AUGUCUUAUUUGAUUUCUUGAUCAACUCUGAUCAACUCUACACAUUGUACAGACAGUCUUAAUCUCAAUACGACUCUCAAUACGKUAUUCGAAAGACCUGAUGUUGCUCAAGAUUCGAUAGAAGACAUAUUUCAUUCUAGUAAAUGGGUCACUGACCACCAGAGUUGACACCGGUGAUUUUCACACGACUUGCUAUCGAAGGCCUCGUAAAUUACAUGAAUCAUUCAUGGCCGCCACARCCAAUGACACGCUUGAAAAAAGCUAAUAGAUAUUUACUAGCUGCUGCCAACACAAAAGAAAUAAGUUCUGAGGAGUUUGAGUGGUCCAUUUAUGUUUACGCAAACUAUCUGUUCAAACAAUUGGUUUCAGUGAUGGAAAUGAAAGCACUCGGAAAGAAUUCUGGUCAUGGAAGCCGUUCACCGAAAGGCUUUYCACUCAGAGGACUUUAAUUCUCCUGAAACUCUAAUUCAUCACUAUCCAGACAGUCCAGUCCCUAAGGAAACAUCUGGUCAUAGAUAUCGAGGAAAAAUGAAAUCAGUUCGCUCUUGGGUCCGGUUUCGUCCUGUGGUUCCAGCGAUAAUUGGUCUUAGUCUUGGUUUUGCCUUGUCCAUGUUUUAUAUCCCAAUAGUUGAGCAACAGUGUCUCUACGAUCUUGAAGAAUCUCAAGUUUACCUCAUGAACAGCCGACAAAUAAAACUGCAGGAAUCAAAAAGGGAAACCCACGAUCCUAUUGUUUCAGAGAAGCCGGAGCGUGUCGUUCACGCCACAGUGGCUCCUAAAGCAAGCCAUUUUAAUGAUGGUCUUCGUCCAUUUUACAUAGCAAGUGAACUAGGAAAGCGAGAAAAACUUCUAGUUGGUGUCUUAACGUCAGAAGAUCAUCUCGAUUCACUUGUCCUAGCUAUCAACAACACAUGGGCACCAGAACUACCUCGUGUUAUAUUUUUUAUCCCUUAUUCAAGAGACGCCGAAUUUCAUGAAAAGUAUACUAAAGUUCUAGGUUUCCCUGUUGUACAGUUGGACGUGGAUUCUGAAGAAGACACAGCGCCCCUACUAAAGCUAUCAUUUAAAAUGUUGAAAUACAUGUAUGAACACCAUAUUAAUAACUACGAAUGGUUUCUAAGGGUCGAAGACAGUAUCUAUAUAAAACCUGAAAAAUUAAUGGAGUUUGUUAAUUCUGCCAAUAGCUCUAAGAGUUCAUAUAUUGGGAGACCGGCUGCUGCCUCCUUUAGUUCUGCAGCAGAGGGGCUAAAUGGUAACCAAGACACCAAUUUAUACACUCAUGAGAGAUACUGUUCAGGAAAGACAGGGGUGAUACUGUCUAGAAAUACWUUACAGAGACUUGCUCCUUUCUUGGACAGCUGUUUAGAAGAUGCUUUAUCAGACAGUGAUGAUAAAGAGCUUGGAAGAUGUCUGUAUAACAACUUGGGGGUACAAUGUACUUGGGGGUAUGAGGCCUCUGAAAUGUUUUUUGAGAUUCCUAAUGAAAAACAGAAAAAUGUCUUGGCUAUGAUCAAAGAAAGGCAURCUCCCCAUGCUAUUACCUUCUACCCCAUGAAGGACCCAAUCAUCAUGUACCAUGUUCAUCGUUACUUUACUGAAGUUGAACUGAAUAGGACGUUUGUAGAGACACGCAUGCUUCAGACUGCUAUCAAAGAUAUGCUUCCAUUCCUACCAGAAGGAGUCCCUGAGAAACAUCCAGCAUGGCCCAUUGGAUUCAGACAGCCAUUUAGACCUACGUCUCGUUUUGAAGUCAUUCAAUGGGAAUACUUCAAUGGGAAUGUUACAUAUGGUUCUACUGAAGUUAAACCACAAGUUGAACUWGAAGGACCAUUUAAACAAGAUGUCGCUGAAGUCAUACAUAGUGCAGUCAAAAUGUUAACCCAUGAGGAACCUCAAAAAUCUGCUCAUCUUAUUAAUGGGUACAGACGGAUAGAUCCUCACCGUGGGGCAGAGUAUAUCCUUGAUAUGAAGCUCAAGGCUUCUUCAGGAAAAAAUGAGAGACGUAGAGUGUACAUGUUAAGACCAUUCACCAAGGUGGAGAGUAUCCAGAUGACAGCAACGACAGAGCAAAGAGGGAUUCACUUGGUAGUGCCAGUCCUAAAGGGAGAAAUUGAGAAACUAGAACAGUUCCUYAAGAUGUACCAAAGGGUUUGCCUGCAGUCUGGAGAGAAUGUGGUUCUUCUUACUGUUUUUGUGAAUGUGAGAGAUGAUGUUGAUGGUGGGCAAGCACAGGAUAGGUUUGCUGAAGGGAAGGCACUCAUAACAAGAUACAAGCAGAAGUACACCUGGGCCCAAUUCCCAUGGAUCCAGAUCGGUGUCCAGUUUAACUCUCUAUCUUUGCUGAUGGAUAUUGUAACUAUGAAGCUACCAUCUAAUGCUCUUAUUUUCCUUACUUCACUUGGAGUUCAAUUUACGAUCAAUUUCCUAAACAGAUGUCGUGUGAAUGCUCUCAAUGGACAGCAGGUUUUCUUUCCGAUCCCGUUUUCAUAUUACGAUCCUGACAUCGUUUAUCRUCAUACCAAAGUGCCAGAUGAAAUACCACUUACUAGAGACACUGGUCACUGGGAUACCGACAUCUACAGCUUUGCAUGCUUCAAUAAUAAAGAUUACAAAGACAAUCGCAUUCAUUCCCAAGACUUCUUGAAGGAAACCGAGCUCCAUGCCCAAGACUUUGUAAACAUUUUCAUCAAAAGUAAGCUGCAGGUUUUUAGGGCCGUUGAUGUGGAUUUGAGAAAGAAAUACGAAAAGACAACAUGUUUCAAUAUUGAUCAGUCUAGCCGUGUUUGCCUAGAGAAAAAAGCAGAGGCCAUGGGUUCACGUUCACAGCUAGCCUUAUUGUUGUUUGAUAAGGAAAGAGAAGAAAAACAACAAAAGCRAGCUGAUAAUUAAAAUGCCAUACCAAACAUAUUAUAAUAAAUUCUGUUUAUUACUGGGAGUUGAGCGCAGUGCUUCAUAAUGUCUCUUGUAACACCAUUGAGCGUGACAGAUUGACUUCAGUGCUUAGUUUUUCUGCUCUUUUAAGAUUACUAGUACAUGGAGAGGCCUGGUUAUCCUUUAAUAGCUAUACGUACCAACCGACUGAGGUACACAGAGUUUACAGCUAUUUCAAAAGAGCUGUUCGUGAGAGCUUUGUUGCAUGAUUUGUAAGCAACCUGCAACAAACCACCAACCUUUUWAAAAAUAGCUGUAGAGACUGUACAUGAGUUCUGUCAUUGGGUAAAUCUUCUGACUCACAUGAUAUUAAAAGCAACAGAAUGGAAAGGAAAAUAAAAUAUAUGAUUUCUCAUCCUAGUCA